AUGGAUAAUCCUAUGUACAAAAGACAAGUUCCUGAUAUGGAUCCAGUUCAUACACAAAUUGAUUUCAAUAAAACCCGAUUAGCAGUUGAUGAUCUAAAACCAGUUGUCGAAACACCCUUCCAAAAAUUUCAAUAUAAAUUACGUCGAAUGAUUGAAAGUAUUAUUUUUCGAUUAAUCAUUGCAGUAUUAUUUUUGGCUGAUAUUAUUAUAAUUAUCAUUACAGUUACUAAAGGCUUUCAAAAAAAGUCUACUACAGUACUAGAUUGGGUAAGUUUAUGUUUAUCAAUAAUAUUCAUGAUGGAUAUAUUUAUACGUAUUACAGCUCAAGGACGAGAAUUUUUUCAAAAAAAAUUAGAAAUACUUGAUCUUCUUGUUAUCAGUGUUGGUCUUAUAGUAAAUAUUGUUUUAGUGGCAUUGGAAGCACAAUUGAGAAACGGACACAUAUUGAAAUUUAUUAUAGUACCCCGAAUUUUUCGUGUUUUUAAUUUAAUAAGAACAUUACGUAUACUCGGUCAUCGUGAACAUUUCAAAAUUGCUAAUAGACAUUUAGUUGGACAAAAUAAACGACGAUUUGUUGGAAAUGGAUAUGAUUUAGAUUUAUGUUAUGUAACAAGUGAACGUUGUUACGAAACGGAUUAUUUUCAUCGUGUUGAACGUGUCCUAAUAAAUGAUCAUAAUGUACCAAGAUUAAGUGAUACAAUUCGACUGGCCAAUUCAGUUACUGAAUGGUUCCAAGAGUCAUCAGACAAUGUUAUUGCCAUUCAUUGUAAAGGUGGUAAAGGUCGUACAGGAACAAUGAUUGCUGUGGCAUUAUUAAAAACUGGUGUUUGUAAGACAGCUUCAGAGGCAUUACAAUUUUUUGCUGAAGCACGAACAGAUUUACGACAUGGGAAAACAUUUCAGGGUGUUGAAACACCGUCACAAACUCGUUAUGUUGGAUAUUAUGAAAAAAUUUUACAUAAUUAUAAUAAUGAAAUGCCACCUCCACAAUUAUUACGAUUAAAAUCCAUUACUAUUACAUCAAUUGCUAGCAUUGGUAAUGGUGAUGGUAGUGAUUUAUGGUUUACAGUGUCAAACUAUGACGAAGUAUUUGGUAAAUUUGCAUUUCAGGAAAAAGCAGAAAAUUAUAAUAUUUGCAAAAUUGAACAUAAUGUUGCCAAUGAUGAUAUAAUAAUAUCUGAUAUUAAUCUACAAGUAUUAAAAGGUGAUGUGAAAUUUAUGUUUUUUUCAACAAAUAAACGUGUUCCAAAAAAUUAUGAUGCAUGUGCAUUUUAUUUCUGGUUAAACACUUCAUUCAUUGAACAAAACUCUCUAUUAUUGACAAGAGAAGAAUUGGAUAAUCCACAUAAAUCAAAAACAUGGCAUAUAUUUAAAGAAAAUUUUUCUGUUCGACUUCAAUUUGAUAUUGGAGAAUAA